UCAACAUCCGGUUGAAGGAACAUUUAUAUUCCGGCUGUUGAGAGCAGCUAUCCAAAUGCUAACGUGAGGUGAAAAUAAACUUGACAUUUUAUCAAACUUUACUUUCUUUGCUGUGUUGCACCGCCGCGACACAUGGCAGUGCAACUUCCCAUAACUAUCAAGAGCCAGUCGGUGGCCGCAAAUUCUGCUUGUAUACGUGGAAAGAAACGUCCCAAUAGUCCGGCGGUGUCGACUGCUGCUCAGCCUUUUAGCGGCAGCAACAAGAAGAAGAAACCCCAACUAAUGUCGACGGCUGCUACACUGAGUCAGAUGUCAGCAGUAGAAGCAAUGUGUGAUAUGAAGUCAAGUGGAUCAAUGGACAACACUACAACUACCACUGCAGAAUCUACUCAAGCCAGGCCACCGCACUUUAAAGACCCUACCUUCAUGCAUUCUGGGAUUGGUGGAGCUGCAGCAGGCAAAAAGAACAGAACCUGGAAGAAUCUUAAGCAAAUUCUGGCUUUGGAACGAACGCUACCCUGGAAACUGAACGACCCUAACUACUUCAACAUCGACGCUCCUCCCUCGUUGAAACCAGCCAAAAAAUACUCCGACAUCUCGGGAUUACCUGCCAACUACACAGACCCCCAGACUAAACUGCGCUUCACAUCCUCAGAGGAGUUCUCCUACAUCCGCCUCCUCCCCACUGAUGUGGUGACCGGCUACCUUGCCCUGCGGAAGGCCACCUGCAUCGUACCUUGACAGACAUCCGACUUUGUGAAGCAUAAUUACUGUAAGACUCACCUCAAAGGUGGCUAGAAGACAACUGAUGAUUUCGAAUUAGCAAUUUUUUCUGGCAAAAGAAAGCUAAUCUUUGUUGCGAGGAUGCAGGGUGCCCCCUUGUGGUUGUCAGUUUAAAGUACAGGCUACGUUUUCUAUGAAAAUAAAUAGCUCACUUUUAUGCAUGCAAUGCAAAAAAAGCCUCUCCCCUCCAUAAUCUAGGAACCACUUGGCUGUAUAGUUCUAAAAACUAGUUCCACAUUUUUUUGAUAUUAAGUCUGUAUUGUAUGUCUCUUUUUUACUCCAGCGAGAGAUUCUCAUUCAUCACAAUUAUUUCCUAUUGUUUCCAUACUUUAUUUUCCAAUCUUGGCAAAUGAGGCCAUAUUAUAAACUCUUGAUUUGUUUAAUAAUAAUAUCAGCCUCAAACA